AUGGUGACAGUAACGGUUGGUCCAACGUUUCUCCCAGGAGGUGGUUUAUAUGGACCUUUUCCACCUCACUUCAGGAAUGCUACUCAUCACCCCUUCACAGGACUUGUUGGACAUCCAAGUGCACAACAGGCUGCAGCGAUGCACGGAGCUGAAAAAAUGUCUACCUCAGGAUUAGCAGUUGGACAGAAUAAUCCAGGUUUGGGACUGGGAUCCGCGGAGACACACUUUCCUAUGCAUAUGUACAUGACACAACCUGCUGACUCUGGAAGUUCAAGGAAAGAAGCUACAGAGGCAAGCACCAGCGACGUCGACAAGAAAGGCGAGAUGGUUAUUACUUGUCAGAGUAAACUUCUAGGUGCCAAAAUAAUCCGCCAGGCCAAGAAGGACACCGACGGAAAGCCUCACAUCAAAAGACCAAUGAAUGCUUUCAUGGUGUGGGCUAAAGACGAAAGAAGGAAAAUAUUAAAAGCUUGCCCAGAUAUGCAUAACUCCAACAUUUCAAAAAUAUUAGGUGCUCGAUGGAAGGCCAUGUCUAAUUCAGAAAAACAACCUUAUUACGAGGAACAAUCCCGUCUCAGUAAGCUGCACAUGGAGAAACAUCCAGAUUACCGUUAUAAACCUCGUCCAAAGAGAACUUGUAUUGUGGAUGGCAAAAAACUUCGUAUUUCUGAAUACAAACAACUGAUGCGGUAUCGAAGAAACGAGAUGAGAAACUUAUGGUACCGUGAUGGAACUGUAGGACUACUGGAAUCACCAACUCUUGUCAAUCCUACAACCCUGGGUUCCUUUCUAGCUACCACCUCUAUUGAGACUUCAACAUCUGCUGACUUGCUUCAGUCUUUCACAUCAAGUAAGAUACCAGUACCAGCUGGAGGCUUCACUGAUGUAACCAUGACAACAAUGAGUCAGUGUUCUUCCAGUUUCCCAGCUAUGGUUACAAAUACAGUUAUUUCAAAUAAAACUGGUUUCACAGCAAUGGAAACAUCCACAUGAACUUUCAAGUAUCUGACAAGAAAAAAGCGUGAAUACCCAAAGGGUCACUAGUAUGAAAUGACUGGUAUGUUUCAAGCUGAGAGACAGACACCAGGAAACCUUUUUAUUAAGUAUAGUGCAAUGAUAAACUGUUACAUUUUUGUGGGCACAUGGAAAAGAAAAAGCUAUUAAACUUUGAAGUAACAUUUUCAAAUCCCUCAAUCUCAAAGUGAAGAGAUGGAUUUCCAUUACUGAUGUCUUGCAAGGUUAGGCUUGUAAAUCCAAAGUUUUAUACAUGCAUAUAUAUAUAAAUAUAGUAGGAGCCUGUAUUCUUAGAUGUUGACUAAACAUCAUAGAAUAACCCAUGUUUCUUUAUUGGGUAUAUUGAUGUUUCAUAUCAGCUCUGUACUCCCCGCUGUCUCGACAUCACCCGUGCGCAGUUUUAGAGCCACUAUCAUGAUUGGUAACUAAUGCUGGUUAUUGUUUAAAAUGACAAAGCCUUUUAUCAGUGCGUGCUCAAGAUGACUUCCCUGUCUAGUCUGUGAUGAUAACAAGUCUUUGUACAUUUAGGACAACUUUUUGUUUUUUUUCUUUAUGAUCUACUAUUGUUAACCAAGUGGAAUAGGAAAUUCAAAAUGGCUGCUACUUUGUUUUAUCUUUAAAAAACGGUAAUAUUCCCUUAUAAGUUUUUGUUAUAUAAUUUUUAGUGCUUUGUUUUGAACUUUCAUGAGUCAUCAAGUUUUAAACUAAUUUUUAUUAUUACAAAAAAUUUUUUGUAUGAUUAUAUUUGUACUGUGCAUUUUCAAAAAGACAAGUUUCCUACUGUACUGCAGUUUCAAUAAGUAAUGUGCAUAAGUAGUUCAUUUUAACCAUGAAAUUAACGUGCUCUAUGACGAUGACUUUUAGUUUCCACUUCAGGAAACAAUGAAUGCCAGUAUUUUAAGUGUUUCUAUAAGUAUUGUUUGUUCUAUCAGAAAUAGGAAGGAAACUAGUGUGAACAGCUAAUCUGAUUUUCCAGUGGAUAUUUUAUUGGUUAUUGUUAUUCUUCCUAAAUCGUUAAAGUUGUUACUGUCAAAGAUGGUAAUGUAUAGAUUGCGACAAAUUUCACGAAUAUUUGGAAUGCAUUUGAUUUCAUUAUUUGUAUAGUUUAUUACCAAGACUAACUAAAUAUGAAGCUAAGGGUCAUAAAAAAUCUUUUAAUGUCCAGUUGGCAAAGAUGGGCACAACUGUGUGUCAUACGAUUUAUGUUCCUAACCACUGUGAACGUCUCUCUUGGACUCGGUUCUCACAAGAACUAUAAUAGUGUAUAUUCUCACACUAGUCUGUUGUACUAACAGGCAGCCAAGAAUGCUGUGCCAACAUAAGAAUUAUUUUAAAAGUGACCACUGUACACUGAUCACUUUUAUCCCAUCUACUACAUGUUAUACUAAGGUCUAAGUUGUUGUUUUGUCUUUCUAUAACAUGCUGAAGUGGGUUGUAAUGUUGUGAUAGUGUAGCCUCUUACAUUUCUUUGGAUGAAAAUUGAACUCAUAAACAAAUACUAUGAUGAGGCAAAACUUGGUAUAUUCUUUAGUUAAGAAAGUAUAUAUAAUUUAUCAUGAAUCUUUUAAAUGUCUACUACACACCAUCUUCAUUUUUUUGUGCCAUAAAACAAUUCCAAAUUUUUUCUUCUCAAUCCUCCAAUUUUUGCUCAUUGCCAAAUAUACUAAUUUCAGCAACUGCACAUUUUUAGUCAAUAGCAUUUUAUUUUUAACCAAACUAACAAUCACAAAAAGUGAUUGUUUAAAGUAUGGUGAUUACAAGUAAUUGGUUUCAUAAUAUACCUUGUGGUUUAAAAGGUGUAUCACUUUUACUUAUGGCAGUUAAAGUUACUUCAAACCAACACAAAUUUGUAUUAUUCAUAACACUAGAAUGACUUAAAGUUUAGUUGCAACAAAAAAAAAUUAAAUUUCACAUUACAAAUUCUUCUUCUCAAUUCUGGUUUUUACAGGGCUAGAUAGUGAUGAUAUAAAAUAAAGUUAUAUUAGUUUCUUAUUUUUGAAUGCAGUCAAUAAUUCUUUUUAUUUAUGAGAUAUGACUUCAUCCAAAUACACUGUUUGAUCUUACUGAAUGCAGUAGGUUUCAUUUAUUUAGUGCAUUACAAAAAUCAAAAAAGAAUUUGUUCACAUGUGGAUCAGAUAACACCUUGCCAAGGACAUCCUUUACAUAAAAUAAUAUCUACCUUAUCAAACAAAGGGCAUUUAGUACUAAAUAACUUUACAGUUUUGUUUCUUUUAAUUUCUAACAAAAAAAAAGUUAACAAAAAAAAAAAAAAGAGGCCAGUGUCUUAUCCAUUAACACGUCUGACAACUAAGUAAAUGUUAUCCAUGUGGGCAGGUGUAAUGUUAGGUGUGGUGAUGUACAUGUAUGAAUGAAGUUUUCUUGUUAGUUAAAAAUAGCAUGUAGGAAAAGAUUAAAUAUGUUGAACUUUCCUAAUCAACAAAUGUAUCUGCCAAGAUUUCUCAAACAAAAACAUAAUUAUGGCAGCUGUUUGGGAAAUAUAAUUUGUUGUGCCACUAUUUGUGUGUGUAAAGUGAAGGGUAAUAAAUCAUUUUUGUU